AUGACAGGUGGCAGUGCAAAGAGAAACCCCUGCAAAAACAGUCUGUUAAAUCUGUUCCAUGUUCGUCUGUCUCUGUCUGUCCUAAGUGUCAGUCAGCAGAUCAGGGUCAUAACACAGAGAUCUAUGUCCUUUGUUACAGACUGCAGACGACUCAACAGGGUUCCAGCUACCAUCUACUCCAGACUGCGCUCCCAGUGCUAUGCUGCUGUCACCAGUCCAAGCUCCAGUCUGAUGGAGGGUAAGAGAUCAGACUCACCUGAACCCAGCUGUAUUUCUGUGAGGAGUGAUCGGUCUAAGGAAGAGCCAAAUAACUUCAGAGACGAGGACUGUUCUAAUGAUCUGAGUCUGAUGGAGGGUAAGAGAUCAAACUCACCUGAACCCAGCUGUAUUUCUGUGAAGAGUGAUCAGUCUAUGGAACAACCAUUUAACUUCAGAGAUGAGGACUGUUCUACUGAUCUGAGAACUCAAAAGGAGAAAUCAAAAAACUCAAGCAGAGAUAAACUGGAGUCCAUGUUUAAGAAGAGAAGGUCAGCACUGCACGUCCUGAAGAACAUGAACCAGACAGAUCUUACUUACACACUGCAGACGAAGCUGAUUGCCUCUCCACUUCAAGAAAAACUAAAAUCCAACCUGAUAGGGAAAUUUAAAAAGGUUAAUGAAGGGAUCUCUCAGCAUGGAAGCUCAGCACUUCUGAAUGAGAUCUUCACAGAGCUCUACAUCACAGAGGGUUGGAGUGGAGACGUCAAUAAUGAACAUGAGGUCAGACAGAUCGAGGCAGCAUCCAGGAGACCAGCAACACAGGAGAAACCCAUCAAAUGCAAUGACCUCUUUAAAGACACAUCCAUCAGAACUGUGCUGACUACAGGAAUCGCUGGAAUUGGAAAAACAGUUUCAGUGCAGAAGUUCAUUCUGGACUGGGCUGAAGGAAAAGCAAAUCAGGACGUCAUCUUCAUAUUUCCACUUCCUUUUAGAGAGCUAAACUUGAUGAAGCAGGAAAAUCUCAGUAUGAUGAAACUUCUUCAUCAGUUUUUCCCAGAAGUAAAAGGUCUUACAUCAUUAGACUGUGAUGUUAAUACAGUUUUGUUCAUCUUUGAUGGUCUGGAUGAGUGUCGACUUCCUCUAGAUUUUCAAAAUAAUGAGCGAUUGUGUAACAUAACAAAGUCAGUAAAAAUGGAUGUGCUGCUGACAAACCUCAUCAAGGGGAACCUGCUUCCCUCUGCUCACCUCUGGAUCACCACUCGACCAGGAGCAGCCAAUCAGAUCCCUCCUGAGUGUGUAGACCAGGUAACAGAGGUACGAGGGUUCAGUGACCCUCAGAAAGAGGAGUACUUCAGGAAGAGGAUCAGUGAUGAGAACCUGGCAAGUAAAAUCAUCAAACACAUAAAGUCAUCAAGAAGCCUCUACAUCAUGUGUCACAUUCCAGUGUUCUGCUGGAUCUCAGCCUCUGUUCUAGAGAGAAUUCUGGAUGAAGCCGAGGGGAAAGAGAUCCCCAAAACUCUGACUCAAAUGUUCACGUACUUUCUGAUCUUUCAGAUAAAACACAAGGAACAAAAGUACCAUGGCAAAUCUGACCCUGAUCCACACCAGACCAGAGAGAUGAUACUGGCACUGGGAAAACUGGCCUUCCAACAGCUGGAGAAAGGAAACCUGAUCUUCUAUGAGGAAGACCUGACAGAGUGUGGCAUCGAUGUCAAAAACACAUCAGUGUACUCAGGAGUCUGCACCCAAAUAUUUAGAAAGGAGUUUGGGCUGCACCUGGGUCAGGUCUUCAGCUUUGUGCACCUGAGCGUUCAGGAGUUUCUGGCUGCUUUAUAUGUAUUUCUCACCUUCAUCAACAAAAACAGAAAUGUGUUGGUGAUGCAAAACACUGGAUUCUUCAACAUCUUUAGAAACCCUAUGUCUGACUUUCUGAAGAGUGCAGUGGACGAGGCCUUACAGAGUAAGAAUGGACACCUGGAUCUUUUACUCCGCUUCCUACUGGGUCUCUCACUGGAGUCCAAUCAGACUCUUUUACGAGGUCUACUGCCACAAACAGGAAGUGGCUCUUACAACAAAGUGGAAACAGCCAGGUACAUCAAGGAGAAGAUCAGUGAGAAUCCCUCUCCAGAGAAAUCCAUCAAUCUGUUUCACUGUCUGAAUGAACUGAACGAUGAUUCUCUAGUGCAGGAAGUCCAAAAAUACCUGAACAGAAGAGGUUGUGUUUAUCACGAUGGACACUGUCUGUCUCCUGCUGAGUGGUCGCUGAAUGAGUUUGAUUUGAGGAAAUAUUAUCCAUCACAUGAAGGUCUUCUGAAGAUGCUGCCAGUGGUGAAAGCCUCUAGAAAAGCUCAGUUGUGGAAUUGUAAUCUAACAGAGGAAAGUUGUGAAGUUCUGUCCUCAGUUCUCAGUUUAAACUCCUCCAGUCUGAAACAUCUGAACCUGAUUUACAAUAAACUGAAGGAUUCAGGAGUGAAGCUGCUCUCUGCUGGACUGGAGAAUCCACACUGUAAACUGGAGAUACUGGAGUUGUGGAAUUGUGAUCUAACAGAGGAAAGUUGUGAAGUUCUGUCCUCAGUUCUCAGUUUAAACUCCUCCAGUCUUAAAGAGUUAAACCUGAGUAACAAUAAACUGAAGGAUUCAGGGGUGAAGUUGCUCUCUGCUGGACUGGAGAAUCCACACUGUAAACUGGAGAUACUGGUGUUGGUUGAUUGUGAUCUAACAGAGGAAAGUUGUGAAGUUCUGUCCUCAGUUCUCAGUUUAAACUCCUCCAGUCUGAAACAUCUGAACCUGAGUAACAAUAAGCUGAAGGAUUCAGGAGUGAAGCUGCUCUCUGCUGGACUGGAGAAUCCACAAUGUAAACUGGACAUACUGUGGUUGAGGAGCUGCAGUAUUACAGAUGAAGGUUUUACUGCUCUGGCUUUAGCUUUGAAAUCAAAUCCAUCAUCACGUCUGAGAGAACUGCAACUGAACGGCAAUAAUCCAGGACAAUCUGGAGUAAAGCUUCUCAAGGAUCUACAGGAGGAUCCACAAUGUAACCUAAAGGAACUAAGGUAA